AUGAUCAAAAGCUUACGAACUUGUGCAGUUACUCUUCUCCUAUUCUUCACCCAAUAACUCUACGGAGCUGACUAUUCUUAUACUAGGGAUGUCUUUUCCUUUGAUGUUAUUAUGCAGAGCAAUGAUACAGCCAUAUUUGUGUUUACUGUGCCGAAUAAAAUGUACUUUUGCAUUGGAUUUGGAAAUUCAAUGAGUUCAGUUGACAUGCUUCUGGUUCAAGCUAAUGGGGUUAGUAGCUUAGCCUAUGAUCUUUGGUCAGUUAAUCAUAAUACACCUAAGACUGAUUCCAUUCAAAAUAUCGAUUAUCAAUUUGAAGCAAAUACGACUCAUGUGAAAUUUUAUGUAACAAGAAAAAUUGCUACUGGUGAUACAUCAUAAGACUACAAGAUCGAUCUACAUUAAUCCUACGGAACAUUUUCCAUGAAGUUACCAUUUGCAAAGUUGAUUUAAAACAUAACUAUAAACGGAACAAAAGGUAAUAUAACUGAAUCAAUUGUUGGAGCGGAAGAUGAAGCAAAGAAGUUUUUUCAAAUUCAUGGCUGGAUCUUGUGGGGUGCAUGGGGAAUAUUUGGCUUUAUACAACUCUUAACAACAAGAUAUUUCAAGCAAAUCAGAUGGUCAAUUUGGAUUCAUAUAAUUAGUGGCUGGUUGAUCUUGCUUGCUACCUUCAUUAUGAGUCUUUUAGCCAUAGCUAGAGAGGAAUGGGAAGUAAAACAUGAUUUUCAUACUAUACUAGGUACUAUUGUCCUUGCCUAUGUCGGCUUUGUUAAUAUAUCUGGAUUCAUCACAAAGUAGAAAUGGCUAAAGAAGCUUCCAAUGAGAGAUAUUCACAAAUUUUCAGGAUUCCUAAUAAUUAUAAUCUCUUAAGUAGCUAUAAUAUCAGGAGUAUUUUCUUAUUCGGAGUAAUUUCUUGAGGAAGAUGAGAGAUCUCCUUUAGGAAUUGUUCAAAUAGUCAUCUUCUUUUUCUUUUGGAUUGCACUUGAAAUUAGAUAUCAGUUUAUGAUAAGAUCAAAGGUCAGUAGUUCUGAUAGAUAUAGACUAGUAACAAUGAAAGAGUUUAAUCGAUUAAUAUAAGAAGGAAGAAAGUUAGUGAUUCUUGAUGAUCUAAUAAUAGAUGUUGCAAAGUAUAUCUUUGAUCAUCCUGGUGGUCCUUAAGUACUCGAUGGAAAUAUAGGCAGAGAUAUUAGUAAGUUCUUUUAUGGAGGAUAUCAGUAUGAGAAUUUCAGUGGAAAGUAAGAUAAUCACGCCCACUCAGAUUCUGCUAAUUUGGUUGUGGCUAGUUUGACAAUAGGAAGACUAGAAAAAAAUUAUUCUAAGGAAUAUUAAACUCAAUUGAUUUAAGAUCAGAUCACAGCAGGCGAGCAAACAAGAACAUUUGUUUUCUAAGGUAAUACAAUCAGGCAAGGACUCUAGACUUUCUAUAAAGACAUUCAGAUGAUAGGAAAGCAUUUCCUUGUGUAUAAUACUAGAAAUCUUAAGGCUAAGAGACAUUACACAAUAUGCAAUUGUUUACUGCCAGAGGCUUACUCUGAGUACUUAAGAGUAAUUGAAGAAUUUACAGAAGAACCAAGUAAAUCGCUUCUUUUUAAUGAGAAACUCAUAAAUGAGGUGGCAAAAAAUAGAAUACCUCUGACCAUUAAAAACUAUAAGCAGCCAAGAGGAUUAUCUUAAAUGAUUCACACUGAGAAGGCUGGCGAAAAAUACAUGAUCAAGGGUCCACUUGGGAAAGGUCUUGAGAUUCAUUUCUCAGGGGUACACUUAGCAUUUACUGCUGGAACCGGAUGCUUAGUAUUUUUAGAUUUGGUAGCUCAUUUAAUAAGAAAGAAUCUUGACCUCUUGGAUAAGGAGGAGAAUGAAAUGCUCAGCAAUACUAACUUCAAAUUCAUCUUUUACCUUUCUUUCCCAAAUAGGUAACAAGCCAUUGGAUUAGCAUUAUGUGAAGGACUAGAAAAAAUAACUAAAGCAAAAGGUAAAAAUAACUUUGAGCUAAGAGUAAGAUUAAGUAACGAAAGCAAAGAAUAAUGGAAUGAGACCUUCAUCACCUAACAAAUUCAAAAUAACCCAGGAAUUAAAAGAGUCUGGGUAUGUGGACCUCCAAAAAUGAAUGAAACUUUCGACAAGACACUUUAAAAAGAAGAAAAAGGAGGGAGAUUGCCUAAAGCUUCAUUCGAAAUUAUGUGA